UAAAAGGUCACAUGACUAGCACACGGUGGUACAUUGUCUGCCCGCGAAAGCCACAAGAUCAAAGAGAAAGUUUAGAGCAUUUUACAGCUAUCUAGAGCUUGUUGCAAGUAAAAAAUGGACCCAGACUAUAAUCCGCAGCCAGAAGAGGGCCAAGCGGCCCCAAAUCCUGCUCCUGAAGCCAUUACCAGCCCUACUGCCAAGAGUCCACCUCCCACUGAUUUCAAUAUAAAGCUAGAGGAAGACAAGACUAGAAGAUUUGACUUCCUCCUCCAACAAACUGAGAUCUUCGCUCAUUUUAUGAACACGUCUGGCUCCAAGAAGACCCCCUCGUCACCGCUGAAAAUGACCUCGCCCUCUGGAGUCUACAAAAAAGAGCGAAGACGUCACGAAUCAUCCUCUACUCGCCACCGUCUGAGUGAAGCUGACGAGGAUGAUGAGCUCAUCGAUGAGGAUGAUCUAGAGGGAAAGACAAUCACUAUGUUCACAGAGUCACCAUGGUAUAUUGUGAAUGGUACGAUGCGAGACUACCAAAUCAGAGGGCUUAACUGGAUGAUCUCACUCUAUGAGAAUGGCAUCAACGGGAUCCUGGCUGAUGAGAUGGGCCUUGGUAAGACCCUCCAGACCAUCUCACUGCUCGGCUACAUGUGUCUGAUGAGAGACGUGCCCGGACCUCACAUGGUAGUGGUACCCAAGUCCACCCUCUCCAACUGGAUGGCAGAGUUCAAGAGAUGGUGCCCCAAACUCAUCCCCAUCUGCCUCAUUGGCAACCAGGAGGAGAGGCAUCGCAUUAUCAGUGAGGAGAUCAUGCCUGGGGAGUGGAAUGUGGUGGUGACCUCCUAUGAGAUGGUACUCAAGGAAAAGUCCACCUUCAAGAAGCUUAACUGGAGAUAUAUAGUCAUUGAUGAGGCCCACAGAAUCAAGAAUGAAAAAUCAAAGCUGUCAGAAAUAGUGAGAGAAUUCCGGACCACGAAUCGCCUGCUGCUCACUGGUACACCACUUCAGAACAACCUUCACGAACUCUGGGCUCUACUCAACUUCCUCCUCCCUGAUGUCUUCAAUUCAUCAGAGGAUUUCGACACUUGGUUCAGUCAUUCCAAACUAGAGGAUACAAAGUUGGUGGAGAGACUUCACGGUGUCCUUCGUCCCUUCCUCCUGAGAAGACUCAAAUCAGAGGUGGAGAAGAAACUACUUCCAAAGAAAGAGGUCAAGAUCUAUGUAGGACUCUCAAAGAUGCAGCGAGAAUGGUACACAAAGAUUCUAAUGAAAGACAUUGAUGUCGUGAACGGGGCAGGCAAGUCGCACAAGAUGAGAGUGCUCAAUAUCCUCAUGCAGCUGAGGAAGUGUUGCAACCAUCCAUACCUCUUUGACGGGGCUGAGCCAGGCCCCCCCUAUACAACGGACUCACACAUUGUUCACAACAGUGGUAAGCUGGUAGUGCUGGACAAGCUGCUCCCUCGGCUCAAAGAGGAGGGUUCUCGUGUUCUCAUAUUCUGUCAGAUGACUCGUGUGUUGGACAUUCUGGAGGACUACUGUCUGUGGAGGGACCACAAGUACUGUCGCCUGGACGGGAACACGCCGCAUGUGGAUAGACAGGCCUACAUAGAGGAAUACAAUAAGCCUGGCAGUGACCUCUUUAUCUUCAUGCUCUCCACGAGGGCUGGUGGACUGGGUAUCAACCUGGCUACAGCCGAUGUUGUCGUCCUCUUUGACUCAGACUGGAACCCACAAGUCGACCUGCAGGCACAGGAUCGAGCUCAUCGUAUUGGACAGACCAAGAUGGUGCGAGUGUUUCGUUUGAUCACAGAGAACACGGUGGAAGAGCGUAUUGUGGAGAGGGCAGAGAUGAAGUUACAUCUUGACAAGAUUGUGAUUCAACAGGGUCGUCUGGUGGACGGUCAUCAGAGACUCGGUAGUGAGGAGAUGCUGUCCAUGAUUCGACAUGGGGCAGAAAAGGUGUUCAGCUCAAAGGAGUCCACCAUUACUGAUACUGAUAUUGAGGAGAUCUUGGAGAAAGGAGAGCAGAAGACUGCUGAGAUGACUGAGAAGAUGAAAGGAUUAGGAGAGUCGCAACUGAAGAACUUUGCUCUUGAUGUCCCGACUGGUAGUGUCUACCACUUUGAGGGCGAGGACUUUAGAGAAAAGCACAAGGAGCCUGGAUUAGUGCACUGGAUAGAGCCACCCAAAAGAGGGAGAAAGGCCAACUAUGCUGUGGAUGCUUACUUUAGGGAUGCUCUACGAAUGUCUGAACCCAAGGUCCCUAAAGCUCCUCGUCCCCCGAAGCAGCCAGUGGUUCAGGACUAUCAGUUCUUCCCUCCCAGGCUCUUUGAGCUACUCGAUCAGGAGAUUUAUGCUUUCAGGAAAUCCAUUAACUAUCGAGUACCUCUGAAUCUGGAGACUGAGAAUCCCGAGGAAUGGCAGAAAUCAGAGCAAGAAAAAAUCGACACUGCAGAGCCUCUCACUGAAGAACAGACGGCGGAAAAGGAGGGGCUACUUCAGUCGGGAUUUUCUAACUGGACCAGACGAGAAUUCAACCAGUUUGUGAGGGCCGUGGGGGAGUAUGGACGUGAGAACAUAGACAAGAUAUGCAACGAGGUGGAGGGGAAGGAGCCUCAGCAGGUCAAAGACUAUUCUAAAGUGUUCUGGGAACGCAAGGACGAGCUACAAGACCAUGACAGGAUCAUGAAUAUCAUUGAGAAGGGAGAGCAGAAAAUUCAACGCAAGAAAGAUAUUCGACGGGCUCUGGAGGAGAAGAUGUGCCGUUACAAGUCACCCUUCCACCAGCUGCACAUAGUGUAUGGCACCAACAAGGGCAAGAACUACACAGAGGAGGAAGAUAGGUUUCUGAUUUGCAUGCUCCAUAAGUUUGGAUUCGAUAAAGAGAAUGUUUACGAUCAAAUACUCACUGCUGUUCGAGAGGGGCCUCAGUUUCGGUUUGACUGGCACAUCAAGUCGCGGACGGCUCUCGAUAUUCAGCGUCGCUGUAACACACUCAUCACACUCAUUGAGAAAGAGAACCAGGAGCUGGAGGAGAGAGAAGAGGAGGAAAGGAAGCAGCGCAAAAGAGGUCCCAAGUUGAAGGUGACUGGUGCAUCCCCACAUAAACACGCUGGUCAGAAAAGGAGUCGUGAGUCCACACCUCGCGGGAGAGCCAAGAAGAAGAAGCUAGCUUGAACUGCUCCACUGACAAUCAUUAGAUAGAUUGCAUGCAUACAUUGUUUCUUGCUCACUGCUCACAAACUUUACUGUAUAGUAGUUAUAUAAUAUUAUUAUGCAGCAGUUCACUUUG